UAUGGGGAUGUUGGGAAUUCACCACGAUUUAUCACGGCAAAUUCUAUUGGGGAUGUUGAUUUGGGUAAAUUCACCACGGUGAAUUUUAAUGGGGAUGUUGUCUUGGGAAUUGUACCACGGCAAAUUCUAUUGGGGAUGUUGAUUUGGGUAAAUUCACCACGGUGAAUUUUAAUGGGGAUGUUGUCUUGGGAAUUGUACCACGGCAAAUUCUAUUGGGGAUGUUGAUUAGGGUAAAUUCUCCACGGUGAAAUAUAUUGGGGAUGUUGUCUUUUGAAAUGUACCACGGUGAAAUAUAUUGGGGAUGUUGUCUUUUGAAAUGUACCACGGUGAAAUAUAUUGGGGAUGUUGUCUUUUGAAAUGUACCACGGUGAAUUAUAUUGGGGAUGUUGUCGUUUGAAUUGUACCACGGCAAAUUAUAUUGGGGAUGUUGUCUUUUGAAUUGUACCACGUCAAAUUUUAUUGGGGCUGUUGGCGUUGCUAGUUUUAAUAUGAACUACUAGAUGGCGCUAAGUUUAGCGCAGACACGAUCCAAAACUGUGUAUGGGAUGGUGACAUUUCAAGUUUUAAUAUUCACCAUUAGCAGAGACACCCUCCGAAAAAAAAAAAAAUGUAUUAUGAUCAUAUCGAGUGGGGCUAAAGAGAUUCACCAUGUGAGAAGUGAAUAUAGCAGAAACACAUCUGAAAGAGGUAAGUAUCGAAGAAAAUCAUUUUAUCUAGAUGGCUCUCAGAAUGCUUUUAUAUAGUCAACAUGCUGAUUACUGCAGUCAAAUGUGCUUAUUAAUUUAUUUGAAAACAUAUAUUUCAAGAAAUCGACUUCAAUAAAUGUGAUAUAUUAUAGAAGAGUUUCAAUUGACAAAUAUGCUGCAAUUAUUGAUAUUUCAGGGGUUUUAAUUUCAGCAUAGAUGAAAAUAUAAAUGAAAAUAUAGACAAAGAAAUGACAUCGAAAAAUUCCGGAAUAAUCAAGUGAAAUUCUUGAAAAACGAUAACGAAGUCGAGUGGGUUGAACACGAAAAUCAGCAUGUUGGCUAUGCAAAACAUGAUGAGAUAAAAAGACAAAACUAACUUUUCGUUGUACUUGUUUUAAUUUGUCUAUAAUUUUAGCGACUCAAAAAUGUUCAGUUAUUCCCAUCGAAACGAUAUAGGCGACAUCUAACGGUGAGUUCCAUCCAUACUAUCCAUAAAUUAUGUUGUAGCAUAGACACACUCCAAAACUAUUGAAAUAUGAUCAUAUCGAAUGGGGCUAGAGAGAUCCACCAUAUGAGAAGUGAAUAUAGCAGAGACAAAUUUGGUUAGUAUCAUAGUCAACAAGAAGAUGUGUGUUCUAUUAUUUUGUCCAGAUGGCUCUCCAGUCAUUUCCCUCGAAACGAUAUAGGCGACAUCUAACCACCAAUUAAUGUUGUAGCAUAUACACACUAAAAAAAUGCUGCUGUAGCCAAUCAAAGCAAAUUCUUCUUGUGUGGACAGGCAUUUUGAUACAUUAUAUCGAUCGCUUUUUGAUAGUUUUGUCGAUGAAGAAUUUGUUUACAUUAUGUAGCAAUUUGAGAGAAUUGAAACUGAAAGAGUUUCAUGACAAACCCUGCAUCAAUUCGGUAUUGAAGAUUGAAGGGAUUUGAAGAAGGAAACACCAUUGUUUACAUUAACUAACAAUUGGAUUUCUGUGAAAUGGAUAUGAGAAUUUGGGGGGAAGCGUUGUUGCAGAGUUUCAUGACAAAUUCUGCUUCAAUCACAGAAUUUCUAUUUGUUUACAAAAUGUAGUCAAUAAUGUAUUGAUUGGAUUGGAAGAAAUUUCAGUACUCAACAAGUCACAGAUUAAUAAGCAUCGUUUCUUAAUAUUUUUAAAAAAGUUUUUAUAAUGUCUCAAAAAAUUUGUUGGUCAUGCAGCCUUUAUUACAAGGAAAAAAGUGAAUUUGUGAAACAUAUGAAAAAGCAUUGUAUGUUUUGUGAUGUUUUAUGUGAAAGUGUAAACGAUUUAGAAUUGCACUUAGAGAACCAUCAUGGAGAUGAGCAUGUAAUGAAACAAAAUCGUGAUCAACAACAAGAAAAACUAAAGCAGCAGCAUGAAAAUAAAUCAGCUGUGAAGGUGGAAAAGUUUUGUGGUGAUUGUGAUAAAAUAGUGAAUAAUAUACGAUCACACGUUCGUAGCGAAGAACAUCGAUCCACCGUGAGAAAAAAUCUGGAUUCUGACAUAAAAAUUGUUAAAAGUGCAUUUAACAAAAAUAUACUCAGCUAUGAGAUACAAAACAAUAAAGACAUUUUGUACCCGAUCGAUUUUCUUAAUGCUUCAAAAGAAUUAAUAAUUAAAACCUUGAAAAAUGAGUUAAACGGUAAAACGCUCAUAAAAUUUAAUAUGGAACUCCAAGGACUGUAUGUGAAACCAAACAAUGAAAAAGAUGGACCUUCAACUUCCAAAGAGUUAACUAUUGAAAAUAUAUUUAAUCAUAUUUCAAAAACAACGCUAUUAACCCUGGGAGAUGAUUUGGAAGAGGUCGUUUUCAACCACUGUGUGGAAAUUAUAGCUAAAUCAGAAGAGUUCCAAGAAAGAGGCUCUAAUUGGGCCCUGGAGAAACUUUUAAAACUUGACAUAAAUGUGUUGAGAGCCAACUUAACACGUGGCUCACAUUAUAUUCCAACUCCGAAAUCAUUAAGCAACAAGAAGGGUGCGUGCCUUAACAUCAAAAACUAUGAUGACUUUUGUUUUAAGUGGUGUAUGGUUGUUGCAUUGGGGGAAACUGCAUAUGGAGAUCCGAGUAUAACCUCUUCAUAUAACGUAGACAUACACCAAGAUGUCAUUAUUCUGCAGUCUGGAAUAUCGCUAAAUUUCGAACAAUUAAAUUUCCCAUUGGGUCUUAAAUAUAUAAAAAAAUUUGAAAUGAACAACCCAGAGAUUAGCGUAAAUGUUUUCGGUUAUGAAAACAAGUCGGUCGUUGGUCCAUAUUACUUAACAAAGGAGACGAAAAGCAAUCACAUUAAUUUAAUAUUGCUGCACAACGAAGAAAAUUUCCAUUACAUUUUGGUUAUGGAUAUGUCUUGUCUUAUGCGGUCUCAAUUCACAAGUCAUAAGGAGAAAGGUUACUUUUGUUUUGGAUGCCUGCAAUGUUUCCACGAUGAAAAUAAAUGUAUGACUCACAAAAAGCAGUGUGGAAAAGUAGUCUGUGCCCUGCCGAACAAAAAAGAAGCCGUACUAAAGUUCGUCAAUCACAAGAAAAAGGAUAAGGUGCCUUUCGUUAUUUAUGCUGACUCCGAAAGUGUACUGGAAGACGUGCAGGAAGAUGAGAACAAUGGGGCGAGUAAAAAAACGGAAAAGGUAAAGAAGCAUAUUCCAUGUGCUUUUAGUUAUUUUAUUAAAUGUAGUUUUAAUGAAAAUUUAAAUAAGUUAUUUAUAUAUAGUGGUCCCGACGCAGCAAAUGUUUUUCUGAAAGAACUAAUUCAGGAUUGUAAAUUUUUGUAUGAUAGUUACCUAACCAAAACGAAACCUAUGAAUACUCUAACACCCGAAGAAGAGACAGCCUUUCUUAGGGAUAUCAAUUGUCGUAUAUGUGGCGACAUUUUAGGUAACGAUAGGGUGAAAGAUCAUUGUCACUUAACGGGGCAAUAUCGAGGUGCGGUACAUAACCAUUGCAAUCUGCAAUAUCAUCUACCUAAAUUUAUUCCAAUAUAUUUCCACAAUUUUUCUUCGUACGACUGUCACCUCUUCUUUAAAGAGUUAGUUGAAUUUGGAGGUGAAAUAAGAGUCAUACCUCAAAACAAAGAAAAAUAUAUUUCAAUGUCUUAUUUCAUUAAUAUGGAUAACGAGUCAACCGACUCUAGUUCUUUAAAAAGUACAGUUGUUGUAGGAGAAGAAGAAGAUUCGAGUGAGGAAGAUGAUGAGGAAUUCCAGCAAGAAGAGGAAAGUGAGGGCAAAAAAGAGAAGAAAAAGAAAAUGAAUAGAUUAGAGCAUCGUUUCUUAGAUAGUUUUCGAUUUAUGCCUACUAGUUUGGAUAAAUUAGCAAGGAAUUUAUCUCGAGAUUCUUUUGUUGCUGUCAGAUCUCAUUUUCCUGAUGAUGAAGCAUUCGAACUUAUGACUAGGAAAGGAGUAUUUCCCUACGAAUAUAUUUCAUCAUUUGAAAAAUUGAAGGAGAAACAACUUCCCCCUAUAGACCAAUUUUAUAAUAAGUUGACAGAUACUGAAUGCUCGUCAGACGAUUAUAGGCAUGCAACAAAUGUUUGGUCACAUUUUCGAUGUCAAACUAUGCAAGACUACAUGGAUUUGUAUUUAAAAGCUGAUGUCUUGCUUUUAGCAGACGUAUUUGAAAAUUUCAGGAGCUUAUGUAUGCGAAUUCACGAACUGGACCCUUGUCAAUAUCUCACAGCACCAUCUCUAUCUUGGGAUGCAAUGCUACUAUGUACUAAAGUCGAACUUGAGCUACUCAGAGAUAUAGACAUGUACAAUUUCUGCAAAAAUGGUAUUCGGGGAGGGCUUACCCAGUGCUCAAACAGACACUCGGUAGCAAAUAAUGAAGAUGCUCCCAAUUAUAAUAGUGCCAAACCAGAGGUAAAUAUCUAUUAUUUGGAUGUAAAUAAUUUAUAUGGUACAGUUAUGACUGAGUGUCUCCCUGAAAAAGAUUUUAGAUGGGUGGAGGGUUAUGAAAUGGAGAAAUUCAAUGAUCCAGCUGUAAUAUUAUCUAUUCCUGACAACGCUCCUACUGGUUUUAUUUUAGAGGUUGAUAUUGAAUAUCCACCGCACCUUCACGACAAACAUAACGAUUUACCUUUUUUGGCGGAGAAAAAGUGUGUUGAGGGCUCAAAAACUGAAAAACUGAUUGCAGAUUUUACUGACAAAACAUCAUACACCAUACACUACAAAUUACUUAAGCAAUCUCUGAAACAUGGACUAAUUCUUAAGAAAGUCCAUAGAGUUUUGGCUUUCACACAAAGCGCUUGGUUAGCUCCUUACAUACUGAAGAAUAAUGAACAUAGGGAAAAGGCUGAAAAUGCCUUUGAAAAAGAUUUUUUUAAAUUAUUGAAUAACUCUUCAUUCGGUAAGACAAUGGAGAAUAUCGACAAAAGAAAAACUGUGAAAAUUGUGACAAUGUGGGUAGAUGAGGCAAACCAAAGAAGAAGGAAUGUUGCUAGUAAAUUAAUCUCGAAGCCAAAUUUUCACAGCCUUUCGAUAUUCUCCGAAAAUAUGGUUGCUAUUCAAAUUAGGAAUGUCAGAGUAAAAUAUGAUAGACCAUUGUACUUAGGGUUCUGCAUAUUAGAUUUAUCAAAGUGGGUGAUGUAUGAUUUUCUGUAUGAUUUUCUAAAAGUGAAAUUUGGUGAGGAUUUUAUUCUAAAUUAUAUGGAUACAGAUUCGUUCAUAUUAACAUUUUACGGACGGAAUUUGUAUUCCGAAUUAUCUUUAGAUGAAAUAUUGGCUAGAUUUGACACCUCAGGGUUUUCAAAAGAAAAUAAAUAUAAACUUCCUCUAAUUAAUAAGAAAAAACUUGGCAUGAUGAAAGAUGAGAAUGACGGAAAAACAAUGGUUGAAUUUGUAGGCCUUCGUCCUAAAAUGUAUGCCAUCAAUGUAGUUGAUAGCGAAGAAGUAAAAAAAUCUAAGGGAGUUAAAAAGUCGGUCCUAAAAAAGUAUACUAUAGAUAAAUAUCGAGAAUGUCUUUAUAACAAAAAGGUUUUUUACGGUACCAUGUUUUCGUUUAGGUCAAGACAGCAUACAAUAUAUACAGACAAAAUUACUAAAAUAUCGCUAAGCCAUCAAGAUGAUAAACGAUUUAUUCUAGAGGAUGGUAUUCACACCUAUGCUUGGGGCCACUAUAGAUUAAAUAACCUUCAUGAAACAAAUGUAAAUAACUCAAAUGAAUCUGUCUCAAUGGACUUGGAUUAAAAUAUAAAUUUAAUUAUGAUUUAAGUUUCAAUAUAUAGAUAAAAGAGCAUAGUAAUAAUAUUAAUUUAAUUGUCUUUACUCACUAUAAAUGUCAUCAUAUUAAUAUUU